AUGCUUCUUCAAUGUACUGUACUCCUCAAACAAUUAACAUCGAUAAAUGUAACACAUGAAGAAUUUGUGAAAGCUACAUACAACUAUGCAACUGAUCUUGUUACUUGUUCAAGUGAAUUGAAGGAACUGUGUUCUCAAAGAAUUAAUCAAUUAAACAAAGAUCGUGAUAAUAUUUCUUUGAUUGAACCAAAGAAUCGAGCAUUUAUGGAACGUGAUCCUGGUGGUUAUUCUGCCAAUUACAAUUAUACAGAUGAAGAACGACGUUUUUUCGUAGGUAUUGGACCUUUCCAACCACUUUUAUCAAGUUUUCCAAGAAAUGAUGUUUUGGCCGUUGCCAAAGAUACCUGCAAAAUAUUUCAUGAAGGUAGUAUUUUAAUACUUGACUCAUUCAUUAGCAUUUCUUGUCUUGAUAUUUAUUUAGGUCCUGGUGAUCAAAAAAAAGAUAAAGCAUGGAUCGAAGUCGGUGUUAACUCAUGGCCGAAAAUGAAAGGCUGA